GCGUAGUGUUGUCCUAUGAAUCCACUGAAUCAGCAUCGAGUCAAUAAGCACCAGACAACGAACAAGCCUGAGACAAUGAAUACUUCAAGCUCAAUCUCUUGCAAGACCUUUUUGCAAGCGAGUCAAAAAGGGAAUAUAACAAAGCUGAUAGAGCUCGCCUCUAUAAACGACGUCCAAGACUGGACGGUAUAUCGUCACGACGCAUCAGGAGAUACGGCGCUGCACUUGGCGGCACGCGAAGGUCACUUAGAGGUGGUGAAAUAUCUGUGUGAAACAUGGCAGGAGCCACCCUUCAGAACGGAAGUGGCCAACAAAGAUAUGAAAAGACCGUUACACGACGCAGCCCAAUCUGCGAAACUGGACGUCCUCGAGUAUCUUCUUGGCCAAGGCGCCGCCGUGGAUCCUUUGAAACGGGCAGACUGGACCCCCUUGAUGCUAGCCUGCACCAAAGUCGGUGAUGAAGCAGCGAGUUGCGUGAAAGCUCUGCUUCGACAUGGCGCAGCUUCCGAAUUGCAGAACAAAGACGGCUGGACGCCGCUGAUGGUCGCUUGCAGGACUGGAAACGUCGACGCGGUUAAAUCCCUGGUGACGCAUGCGACUCGCAGUGUAUAUAUGAGGAGUAAAAACGGCCGAAGCCCUUUACACAUAGCUGCGUUUCACGGCCACCCGAAUAUCAUUGAUUUGAUUUUAUCCGAGGAUUCAGAUUUGAUCAACUGGCAAGAUUCGUCCGGAUCAACCCCGCUUUUGGAGUCUGUAAAGAGUGGAGAUUUAGCCACGGUUCAGCGUUUGAUAGAUUUGAAAGCUGACGUAAACGCAGUAGACAAUGCGGGACAAAAUAUUUUACACAUUGCCGCACAGUGCGGUAACACAGAGAUGAUUGAGUACAUAUUAAAUCGCAAAUUGGUCGACAUCGAGUCUCCAGCUCUCCAUGGCAUAACACCUCUGAUGUUCGCUGAGAAGAACCAACAGCUUAAAGCGAUCAAAAUCCUAUCAUCUUUUCAACCUAACACGAAGGUUGCAGUUAAUUAUACUCGAUAG